AGGGGCUACACAGGAAAGAAGCUGCACGACAAUGUGCAGUGUGAGAUCUUCCAGACCAUCUAUGAAGAGGCAAUGGAAGCCUAUCGGGAGGAGAUUGUCCACCAGCUACCAAACAACACCCCUGAGGAGCUGGAGCAGAACCUGGAACAAAUAACUCAAUGGACGGAGCAGUGGAUAAAAGACCAUAACUAGAAACCAGACUGCAGACUCACCUCAGGUCUUCUAAACAAAGACAUGAACCUGUUUUCCAUCGUCAGAGCAGCAUUAACCCCAAGCCCACCUCUGCUUUCCUUUCUGUUGGGGCUCAAACCUCAGUUCUUUCUGUAGAUGAAGAUUAUCUGUUGUAGUGGGAGGAUGUGUUUUACUUUAAUAUGGGUACUUUGUUCUUCUUUCCUGGCUCCUUCUCUAAAAAUAAAAAGAACCAUUUUUUUCUUCUCA